GAUUGACAUAGACGAAGAUCAGACCGGCAAUGCUCCUUUAGCAAUCAAAUUAUUCAAUGAGGUCAACGCUUUUGUUAGCAUACACACACACAUAUAUAUAUGAAGACACACAAACCAAAGUACCUUUGUCCCUCUCCAGAAUAAUGUCUCCAAUGGAGUUUCAUAGCAUUACCAAGUUUCACAAUAUCCCACUUGUGUCUUCUUCUCUUGUGAUUUUAUGUAUUGCUACCACUAUACUGAAUAACCCUGCAAUGGCCACAAAGCAAUAUUAUUGUGAUUUCCCUGCCAUCUUUAACUUUGGUGCCUCAAACGCUGACACUGGUGGCUUGGCUGCUUCAUUUUUUGUUGCUGCACCAAAAUCACCAAAUGGAGAAACCUAUUUUCAUAGACCUGCUGGAAGGUUCUCUGAUGGUCGACUCAUUAUUGAUUUCUUAGCACAGAGUUUUGGACUCCCUUAUCUGAGUCCAUAUCUUGAUUCGCUGGGGACCAACUUCUCCCGUGGCGCAAGCUUUGCAACAGCAGGAUCCACAAUCAUACCCCAACAAAGUUUUAGAUCCAGUCCUUUCUCCCUUGGAGUUCAGUACUCGCAAUUCCAACGUUUUAAACCCACUACACAGUUCAUUAGAGAGCAAGGUGGGGUAUUUGCAACACUGAUGCCAAAAGAAGAGUAUUUUCAUGAAGCUUUAUACACAUUUGAUAUAGGCCAAAAUGAUCUUACAGCUGGCUUUUUUGGUAACAUGACCCUACAGCAAUUUAAUGCUACUAUACCUGAUAUAAUCAAAAGUUUCACAUCAAAUAUAAAGAACAUAUACAACAUGGGGGCCAGAUCAUUUUGGAUACACAACACAGGACCCAUUGGUUGCCUCCCUUUAAUUUUGGCCAAUUUUCCAUCUGCUGAAAGGGAUAGCUAUGAUUGCGCAAAGGCAUAUAAUGAGGUGGCUCAGUCUUUUAACCACAAUUUGAAGGAAGCCUUAGCUCAACUUCGUACGGAGCUUCCUUUGGCUGCAAUUACAUAUGUAGAUAUCUACUCUGCUAAGUACUUGCUAUUCAAAAACCCAAAGAAAUAUGGCUUUGAACUCCCGCAUGUUGCUUGUUGUGGCUAUGGAGGGACGUACAACUUCAGCCAGAGUGUUGGAUGUGGAGGAACCAUACAGGUCAAUGGCACAAAUAUUGUUGUGGGUUCAUGCGAAAGACCAUCUGUUAGAGUGGUAUGGGAUGGAACCCACUACACUGAAGCAGCUAACAAGGUUGUCUUUGAUUUAAUCUCUUCUGGGGCUUUCACAGAUCCGCCCAUUCCCUUGAAAAGGGCAUGUAAGAGAAAUUUCACAUAACUUUAAUGAGCUUCAUAUGCUUAUCAUUGCAGCCAUUUAUAUUUGAAAUAAAGUGUAAUAUGUCCCUAAUUUUAUUCUAUAACAUGUUUCUGUUUUUAUUUC